GGAUGUAUCAUCUUGUCAGAAACAAAUGGAUACUUUUGAGCUCCUUGUAGAAUCACUAAAGAAAUGGAUAAAAGAGACAACAGAACGAAUUCCAGCAGCGCAACCCUCUCUGAAUACAGAGGAGUUAAAGAAACCUUUGGAAGACACAUUGACUUUAAAAGAUGAAUGGACAUUAAAAGCACCUGAACUGCAGAAAAUGAAUAGCAGAGGAACAUUGCUGUGUAACCUAAUCACUGCUGUGACUUCUCCUGCCAAACUGAGAGCAGUUGCAAAAUCAGGUGGCACAAUGUUAAAUGGAGAAGGAGGAGCUCCAGGAACUCAGGAUGUCCUGAAAAACAAAGAACUGACAGCUGUUCAACAAGCUAUGUCUGAUGUGAAUCACAGUUAUGAAGAUUUGGGCGUUUUAUUGAAGGAAAAGAUCUCAGAACUAGAAAACAUGCUUUCAAAAAUGCAGAAUAUUCAGGAAGAGUCGACCUCAAUGAUGCAGUGGUUGCAAAAAAUGGACAAAACAGCAUCAGACUGGGAAGCUGCUCCAGCUGAUAGUGAAGCGGUUAAAGCCCAAGUUGAGCAACAUAAGCUUUUUGAAACCGAAUUAAAGCAAAGUGCGAAUAAAGUGCAGGAACUAAAGGACAAAGUGACAGAGCUGCUGGAGAAGAACCCCAACUCCCCCGAGGCACCCAAGUGGAGACAAGUGCUGGAUAAAAUAGAUUCCAAGUGGCAAUACCUCAGUCAAGUUACAUCUGAAAGACAACAAAAACUGGAGGAAUCUUCGAAUUACUUGACGCAGUUCAAUACGACAGAAGCCCAAUUAAAGCACUGGCUUGUAGAAAAAGAGCUAAUGGUCAGCGUGCUGGGACCGCUCUCCAUUGAUCCUAACAUGCUGAAGACACAAAAGCAGCAGGUUCAGAUUCUGCUCAAAGAGUUUGACACCAGAAAGCCCCAAUACGAGCAGUUAACCGUGGCUGGUGAAGGGAUCCUGAAGAGACCUGGUGAACAUCCACCCUCCCACGAGAUUGUGAAAGAGCAGCUGGCAGCUGUGGCACAGAAGUGGGACAGCCUCACUGGCCAACUGAGGAACAGAUGUGACCGAAUUGACCAAGCCAUUGUGAAAAGCACAGAGUAUCAAAGUCUACUCAGAAGUUUGUCUGAUAAGCUAAGUGCCUUGGAUAGCAAACUAAGCAGCAGCCUGGCUGUGAGUACACAACCUGAUGCUGUGAAACAACAGCUGGAAAUUGCUAGAGAAAUGAAGGAGGAAAUAGAGCAGGAAAUGAAGAAUAUAAAUGCAGCUCGAGCUCUUUGUGAAGAGCUGUCAGCGCUGGUUGGAGAAGAGUAUUUGAAAGCAGAACUGACGAGACAAUUAGAUGGCAUCUUAAAAUCGUUUAAGGAUCUUGAGCAGAAAUCAGAUAACCACGUUCAGCAGCUCCAGUCGGCGUAUGCCGCUUCCCAUCAGUUCCAGCAAACAUCUAAGGACUUCCAAGCCUGGCUGGGCAAAAAGAAAGAAGAGCUGAACCAGGCUCGUCCCGUGUCAGCCAAACUUGAUGCCUUGCAAUCACUAAUUGAAGAACAGAAAGAUUUUCAGAAGACCAUGACUGAUCAGAUCAGUUCAUACGAAAGAAUUGUUGCAGAAGGAGAAAGUAUCUUACAGAAGACUCAAGGAGCUGACAAAGCAGCGUUACAAUCCCAAAUUGCCACACUCCGAAGUAACUGGGAUGAAAUGAAUAAGCAGGUAAAAGAAAGGCAAGAAAAAUUAACAGAUUGUCUGGAGAAAGCCCUCAAAUACAAGCAGCAUGUCGAAAAUCUGCAGCCAUGGAUAGAGAAGUGCCAAAGCAACGUGGGUGAAUUAAAAGUUGGCAUAAACCCUGUUGAAAUAGAGAAUUCUAUUGUUCAGGUGAGGGCCUGGCAGAAGGACCUGGAUAAACACCAUGGGAUGGUGGAGCUGUUAAAUAAUACUGCUGAAAGUUUGCUCAAUGCAAGUCAAACAGAUAAAGAAGUUGUUCAAGAAGAAACUAAGGUGCUGAAUCAGAAAGUGAAUGUGGUGACAGAACAGUUACAUAAGAAAAGAGAGAGCUUGGAAAAUAUGGCACAAAGGCUGAAAGAGUUUCAGGAAUCAUCCAGGGAAACUGAAAAACAGCUUAAAAAUGCCAAAGAGCACCUGGAAGCUCACAACUUACUUGGACCUCAGUCAUUCAGUAACAAACACCUGACGAUGAUGCAGGCCCAGCAGAAAGCUUUGCAGGCUUUAAAACCUCACGUUGAUCUAGCAAAGAAGGUUGCCCAAGACCUUGUGGUAGAAGCUUCUGAUUCAGCUGGUGUUUCUGACCUCCUGCUCCAAGCUGAAUCUUUGGAGCAAGAAUACACUGCCGUGAGCCAGCAGGUUGAAGAUAGGUGCUCGUUUUUAGAGACAAAACUUCAAGGAAUUGGCCAUUUCCAAAACAGGAUCCGAGAGAUGUUCUCUCAGUUUGCAGAGUUUGAUGAUGAACUUGAUAGCAUGGCUCCGGUGGGGAGAGAUCUCGAGGUACUGCAAUCACAGAGAAAGGACAUCAAAUGUUGCCUGAAAAAGCUGGAGGAUCUUAUAAUGAAUAACGAAAACGCUAAUAAAAACUGUAAAAUGAUGCUAGCCACAGAAGGUGAAGAUUCUCCUGAUCUUGUUGGUAUAAAAAGAGACCUGGAAGCUUUAAAUAAACAGUGCAACAAGCUACUCGACAGAGCAAAAGCCAGGGAAGAUCAAGUGGAGGGGACUAUUAGCCGUGUAGAGGAGUUUUACAGUAAGCUGAAAGAAUUUUCGAGUCUGCUUAGGAGAGCUGAAGAACAUGAAGAGUCCCAAGGUCCUGUUGGAAUGGAAACAGAGACGAUUAAUCAGCAGCUGGAUACAUUCAAGGUAUUCCAGAAAGAAGAAAUCGAACCCCUGCAAGUAAAACAACAGGAGGUGAAUUGGUUGGGUCAAGGCCUUAUUCAAAGUGCUGCUAAAAGUACCAACACAGAAAACCUCGAACAUGACCUUGAGGAUGUCAACACCCGAUGGAAGACUCUUAAUAAGAAGGUUGCCCAGCGUGCUGCACAGUUGCAGGAAGCCCUGCUUCACUGUGGGAGAUUUCAGGAUGCCCUUGAAUCUCUGCUUAGCUGGCUUAUCGAUACAGAAGACCUCGUGGCUAAUCAAAAACCACCAUCUGCUGAAUUCAAAGUUGUGAAGGCCCAAAUACAAGAACAGAAACUUCUCCAGAGGUUGCUGGAUGACCGCAAGCCUACUGUUGAGGUCAUCAAGCGGGAAGGGGAGAAAAUUGCAGAGUCAGCAGAACCUGCUGAUAAAGUGAAAAUCCUGAAACAGUUGAGUUUGCUGGAUAGCCGAUGGGAUGCCUUGCUCACUAAAGCUGAAACAAGGUAUUUGAAAUUAUUUCAUAGAUUUGAAAAAUGUAGACAUAGCAUGUGA